UGUGAACAUGAACGAAAGACCGAACGAUGGUCUAGUACGAAGUUUAAGCAAAUGUUGUGAUUCACGACAACUAAAUCGGAUUGAUGCGGAUAAAUUUACACGUUUUUAUCAGGUACCAAGUACAAGAUUUGCAAAUGAAACACAAAUUAUACAAUAUUAUGGCUAUAAAUUAGGACAACGAUUUGCUGAAGGUGGUUUUGCAAGCAUAUACUAUGCAACACAUAUAAUGACCAAUAUUCAAGUGGCAUGUAAAAAAAUUGAUAUUGCAAAAAGCAAAAGUAGAGUAAUAAAUGCUGAUUCAUCAAAAAUUGAAGAUUUAAAAAAUGAAUUAUUCAUAUUGAAAAAAUUAAAUAAUCCAUAUAUAGUUAAAUUGUAUGCACAUUUUGUCAUCAAUACUAGUUUGUAUAUAUUUAUUAAAUUGGCCAAUUCAGGAACAUUGGCACGUCAUGUACGUGUGAAAGGUGUUUUAAAAGAACGUGAAUCACAGAUGUUAUUUGCACAGAUGCUUGUGGCCAUUGAAUAUAUUCAUUCAAUGAAUAUUGCACAUCGUGAUUUGAAAUUGGAAAAUAUUCUAUUGAUACGACAUCCAAAUGAAAAGCUAACAAUAUUGGUUACAGAUUUUGGUCUUAGCAGAUUGAUUUCAUAUGAUUAUAGCGGUAAUGUUGUAUUGAAUCGUACAUAUUGUGGUACAAUGGAUUAUAUGGCACCGGAGAUAAUCAAAGAACGGCCAUAUAAUGCAUUUAUGGCCGAUAUUUGGUCAUUAGGUGUUUGUUUAUUUGUAAUGUUAAAUGAUAGAUUUCCAUUUGAAGCGAAAAAUUCAUAUAAUCAAUUACAAUUACAAUUACAACAUUGUUGGACAUUUUCGGACAAUGUUGCUGAAAAUCCACCGGAUAUUUUGAUACAUAUAUUAACGGCAAUGUUAGAACCGGAUCCAAUGAAACGAAUUAAAAUUCAACAUCUAAUACAUCAUCCAUGGAUUAUUGAUGAAUAUCUAUUUGCAAAGAAUUAUUUUCAAAAUUAUAAUCACAUAAAAAUCAUUGUUGAAAACGAUGGUAAUAAUAAUUUCCAAUAUAAUCAACAACAAUUUUUUGAUUACUUUUUACCAAAUUAUUCUUGA